UUCAGCUAUUGUGCGUGUUGGGGAGGGAACUCGAAAGUCUCAGCGUUGUUAUACUUCAAUGAAAGGACGCGGAAGUAAACAGUCUUUAACGGAUUUGUUUUAUUUAACCUUUAUGAUUUUACGAAUAUGACGUUUUCCUUUUGAUGCGAACUUGCGAAAUGUUGACUGAAAUUAUGAUCUAGUUGGCAAAGCCCUGGCUGGCUGCGUAAAUUCCCCGACCUCUUGUGACUGUCAACGCGUGGCUCUUUACAUGAGAUAAAGGUAAACAUUAACACAUGGUGAAUGCUACGAACUACCGAAACAAGAAUUGUUCUCUCCUCAGUUUCGUGACAGAAGACCAACUGCAGUCCUUCUGCCUCCCUAUUCCAACUCUUUGACCCUUCCACCUCUCGCCAUGGAAGCCAGAGGAAAGUACGAGUUUAAUGCUACGGCUGAGGAUGAGCUGAGCUUCCGAAAGGGAGACAUCCUGAAAAUUCUAGGUAGUCAAGAUGAGUGGUUUAAGGCAGAGCUGCAUGGACAGGAAGGCUUUGUGCCCCAAAACUACAUUGAGAGACAAACCCCAAGCUGGUUCAAGGAGACGGCAAGCCGCAGCUCUGCUGAGGAGCUCCUGAUGUCUAGGGAGGUGGGGGGAUUCCUGAUCCGUGGCAGUCAGAGCUCCCCUGGAGAAUUCUCCAUCUCUGUCAGACAUGAGUUUGACGUGCAGCAUUUCAAAGUGAUGAAGGACAGCAAAGGCCACUACUUCCUUUGGUCAGAGAAGUUCACUUCCCUCAACAAGCUGGUGGACUUCUACAAGAACACUUCCAUCUCCAAGCAACGGGACAUCUACCUCAGAGACGGUAGCCGGGAUGACCAGAGCCCAUCCGCACCCCAACCGUUGAAGAGGGGGAGUCUACCUGAGGAGAGGAGCUAUGGGGCCCCUACUGCAGCCACGUCACACCGCAGGGCCUCAGACCUUCCUCACAGUCAGCAGAGUAAGAGACCUGGGAUGGAGGAGAGGGCUCACACCAUAGGCACCCCUGGUAGAAACACACCCCUAACCUCUCUCCCAGCCCCCCAAAGGACAUCUGAAACCAUACCUCAUCCACAGAGGGCAGUCAUGCAGGUGAAAGCAGUGUACGACUUCACAGCGGAGGAAGGGGACGAGCUAGGCUUCCGUGCAGGUGAUGUCAUUGACAUUUUGGAUCACUCUGAUCCAUCAUGGUGGAAAGGAAGAUUGCGGGGUAAAAGUGGUCUGUUCCCUGCCAACUAUACCACACCAUUAUGAGGAAAGCUUAGAGAGAGAGAAGUCGCUCUUUGGACUUCUCCAAUCAUAUGGACUGUGAUGAUAAGAGUCACCCACAGAAACUUCAGCCCCCCAAACUGUAGGACUAAAAAGAAAUUGGUUCACAUAUGAUUUCUCAUAACAUAUGCUCACACAUUUAAUUUUAUUUUAAAGCUGGUGCUCAGCAUGAUACAAUUGACAUGCCUAAAUUAUAAGCAGUGGUGGACUUACCAUUAGGCAGAAGAGGCAAUUGCCUCAGGCCUGACAUCAUCAAGGUGCCUUGUGAGCUGGGCCUAACAAUAAAAUACUAGCAAUCUUCUUUUUUCCCCCAAUAAUGUCUGCAUGAGACCCCACAAAUGGUUUAUAAUAAUGGAAUAUUCCACCUUGACAGAGUUCCCAUGCAUUGUUUCACGUGAUAUGACUUCACAUUUGACUUUCAUUGUAAUUGAGCUGUAUCAAUGAGGUGCUUGCACAGCAGGGCAGAGAAAUGUGCAAUUAACGCAACCAGUGAAAAUAAAAAGAAAGAAAGAAGAUUUAACAGAAAAAUGUUGUAAGUUAAUGCAUUUCUUUAGUCAAAAGACAAGUGCUGCUUGUAAUACUGACAUUGUCAUUGAGGCAGAAGACAUGUAUGUGUAGACAAUUUAUCUGAUGCAAUCUGGCCAAACAGAGUAUGGCAUGUCAUACGCUGUUUGGCCAGACAGAAUCAGAUACAUUGGAACCAUAUAGAAAGACAGAGGGGCGUUGUUUGGAUCACUAGGAUCAAAUCAAGUUUAUUUUAUAUAGCCCUUCGUACAUCAGCUAAUAUCUCAAAGUGCUGUACAGAAACCCAGCCUAAAACCCCAAACAGCAAGCAAUGCAGGUGUAGAAGCACGGCGGCUAAGAAAAACUCCCUAGAAAGGCCAAAACCUAAGAAGAAACCUAGAGAGGAACCAGGCUAUGAGGGGUGGCCAGUCCUCUUCUGGCUGUGCCGGGUGGAUAUUAUAACAGAACAUGGCCAAGAUGUUCAAAUGUUCAUAAAUGACCAGCAUGGUCAAAUAAUAAUCAGGAGUAAAUGUCAGUUGGCUUUUCAUAGCCGAUCAUUAAGAGUAUCUCUAUCGCUCCUGCGGUCUCUAGAGAGUUGAAAACAGCAGGUCUGGGACAGGUAGCACGUCCGGUGGAUAAUCGGAUAAUCUCCAGUGAGAUAGUUUGUCACUUGCAAAUUGAAGGAAAUUGUUUGGAUGCUACUUUAAGAAGUGAUUGUUUGACAAUCAGAUGAAAACAUCAUGACUUGUGUUCAUUUUAAUCCCAGCCCCCGCCCCCACAGGAGGCCUUCUGCCUUUUGGUAGGCCGUCAUUGUAAAUAAGAAUUUGUUCUUAACUGACUUGCCUAGUUAAAUAAAGGUUACAGGUUAAACAAAAAUGGCACAUUAAAAGGUCAUUUCUUUUUACAGUUAAAUGAUGUCUUUACUAUAAAACCUAUAACAAAAUGUUAUGCACCCAAAUCACUAAGUCCGCCCCUGUUUAUAAGGGAACUUCCACAACCCAACUACAGUGUGAUAUCCAUUGAAGGUUGAAAACUGGGAGCUAUGCUGCCACAAAUUUACUGUAUGGUACUACACUUUUUGUAUUGCUACCUUUUUGUAUUGUUUGUAGUGCUUGCUUUUAAUUGUGAGGUCUCCAUAGCAAAUUAUGUCUUGUUAGUGAACUACCAAAUUUACAAUGUCAGUUUGGGUAUGCUUGUCAUCUGUCUAAAUUAAAACAAUGAUGUAUAUAAACCCUGGCUUGCUGAUGCUAUGUAUUGGCCAAUGAGAUGCUUUGAAGCCACCGGUCAGCCAUAUUGUCACUCCUCAAAAGCAGUCUUCCAUAGGAAUUCAUGGAAUUCUUCAGUAUUUAAUUUAAAUGUUUUUAGGACAAAAUGACAUGUAGUUGGGACAGUAUUUAAAAAAAAUGUCUCUAAUGAUCUGACACUGAGAACUAGUGUAACGACCCAGGGUUUAUAAGCGCGGAAAUCGACUCUGCCGCUUGAGCAUGCUUUUGCGGCACAGUCGAUAGCGCGCCGGACCUCGGGCUAGGAGGUCGAGGGUUCGAGAGCUGCUCCCUGCUUGUUUCAUUACAAUAUAUUCCUGACCUGCAGUGUUGGGUAAUAGUGAACUACAUGUAAUUCAACUAGUCAUUUAACUACAUUUUGCAGUAGCUUAGUGGUAGUUGAACUAAAUUCAAUCUAGGUAGUGUUUUCAGUAGUUAUCAUUUUUUUUGCAAUGUAACUGUAACGGCAACCUUCCUCCUCUUCUCGUGAAGAGGAGGUGUAGCAGGGAUUGGACCAACACGCAGCGUAGCCAGUGCUCAACAUGUUUAAUAGACGAAAACAGUGAACACUUACAAAUACAAAAAUAACAAACGUGGCAAACCGAAACAGUCCUCUCUGGUGCAAUGAACACAAAGACAGAAAAUAACCACCCACAAACCCCAACACAAAACAAGCCACCUAAUAUGAUUCCCAAUCAGAGACAACACAAAACACCUGCCUCUGAUUGAGAACCAUAUUAGGCCAAACAUAGAAACAGACAAACUAGACACACAACAUAGAAUGCCCACCCAGGUCACAUCCUGACCAACACUAAAACAAGUAAAACACACAAGAACUAUGGUCAGAACGUGACAUUAACGUUGUAGUAGCUACUGGAAAUACACACUAAUUUUAUUUCAAAUAAAGUAAAAUAUGUGUGAAGUAGGCAAUCGUUUCCAUUCUUUUUCAGCAUCAGAUUUGCCUAAUCCAAUUACUACAGCGUUACAUUGCAAAAAAAAGGAAUUAACUACUGAAAAGACUACCUAGAUUUGAAUUUAGUCUUGCAAUUUGUAGUCUAUGACAUUUCAGAUUUACAUAUGAUCAUUUUUCACAAACAAGUUUGGAUGUAGUAAACUACGUUUCAAAGUAACUUUAGUUAAGUAAACUAUAUUUUCCUUAAGGGAAGCAUUAGUGUAGCUUAACUUCUUCCAGAGUGAAGUAAUUGGUGGCUUGGUAAACUAGCCUACAGUACCAGUCAAAAGUUUGGACACACCUACUCAUUCAAGGGUUUUUCUUUAUUUUGUACUAUUUUCUACAUUGUAGAAUAUUAAUGAAGACAUCAAAACUAUGAAAUAACACAUAUGGAAUCACGUAGUAUGCAAAAAAAAGUAUUUUAGAUUCUUCAAAGUAGCCACCCUUUGCCUAGAUGACAGCUUUACACACUCUUGGCAUUGUCUCAACCAGCUUCACCUGGAAUGCUUUUCCAACAGUCUUGAAGGAGUUCCCACAUAUGCUGAGUGUAAGGGGUGCGAACUGGUGGCAGAGAAGUCAGACGCAGGAGAGAAAUAACUGUGUUUCCAACAGCGCAGUUUAUUAACAAAACAGAAUAAUAAAAUAAAUGGGUACAUAACCCAACGCACACCAGGACAGACGUGCACAAGCACUUACAAUAAACAAUCACCGACAAGGACAUGAGGGGGAACAGAGGGUAAAAUACAUAACAUGUAAUGAUGGGAUUGGAAUCAGGUGUGAUGGAAGACAAAACCAAAGGAAAAUGAAAAGAGGAUCAGCGAUGGCUAGAAGGUCGGUGACUUCGACCGCCGACCGAACAAGGAGAAGGACCAAUUCGGCGGAAGUCGUGACACUGAGCACUUGUUGGCUGCUUUUCCUUCACUCUGAAAUGUUAAAAGUUCUUGACAUUUUCCGGAUUGACUGACCUUCAUGUCAAAGUAAUGAUGGACUGUCAUUUCUCUUUGCUUAUUUGAGCUGUUCAUGCCAUAAUAUGGACUUGGUCUUUUACCAAAUAAGGCUAUCUUCUGUAUACCACCCCUACCUUGUCACAACAAAACUGAUUGGCUCAAACACAUUGAGAAGGAAAGAAAUUCCACAAAUUAACUUUUUACAAGGGACACCUGUUAAGUGAAAUGCAUUACAGGUGACUACCUCAUGAAGCUGGUUGAGAGAAUGCCAAGUGUGCAAACCUGUCGUCAAGGCAAAGGGUGGCUACUUUGAAGAAUCUCAAAUAUAAAAUAUAUUUUUAUUAGUUUAACACUUUUUUGGUUACUACAUGAUUCCCUUUGUGUUAUUUCAUAGUUUUGAUGUCUUAACUCUUAUUCUACAAUGUAGAAAUUAGUAAAAAUAAAUAAAAACCCUGCAAUGAGUAGGUGUAACGAUCGUUUUCGGGAGAAAGACAGGAGGACCAAAGCGCAGCGUGGUAAGUGUUCAUGAUGAUGUUUUUAAUUAAACUCAGAACACUAAACAACACAAUAAACAAUGUGAACAAACGAAACAGUACCGUGUGGCGACAAACACUGACACGGAAGACAAACACCCACAAACCAAAAGACAAAACAGGCUACCUAAAUAUGGUUCCCAAUCAGGGACAACGAUUGAUUGUCUCUGAUUGAGAACCAUAUCAGGCCAAACACAGAAAACCAACACAGAAAUAGAAAACAUAGAUUACCCACCCAACUCACGCCCUGACCAACUAAAACAAAAGACAAAACAAAGGAACUAAGGUCAGAACGUGACAGUAGGUGUGUCCAAACUUUUGACUGGUACUGUAUAUUUUCAGAGUAGCUUCCCCAACACUGCUGACCUGUGACCAAAUGUUUUUUUUUAAUGUAUGUCACAGAACCAGAGUAUCCAAUAAAAGUAUCCGAAGCACAGGGUCUGAUAAAUACAUUUGGAAUUGAACUGUUUUAGUUUUUGCUUUGAGUCAUUUCAUUUUAGUUGGCUAGAUAUUACAACAUCAUGUAGGCAAAUUUAUCUGUAUUGAGUUCUAUGUUAAACCUACAAGCAUAUACACUACAAUAUCAAUGUGCUUUACGUGACACCACUCAAUUCUUGGUUGGCCUUUAUGAAAAUUCAAAAUAAUCACAUUCUCCAUGCAAGAAUUACCUCAACCACACAAAGAUGGCGCCGUACUGUAUGGUUGCCGUCUUUGCUAUUUUGUGAUUAUUUUUUCUUGUUUUAUAGUAAGCCUACUACUUAUAUUGAUUACUGCAUUGUUGGGAAAGAGUUUGCAAGAAAGACAUUUAACUGUUCUUGUGCACGUGACAAUAAAACUUGACAUUUGAACUAGA